UUUUUUGUUUGAGGCAUCGGCCGAGAAAGUUGACAGCCAUUACACAAAAGACGCGAAAAUCUGCGAGACCGGCGUGCUCCAAGAUAAUUGCUGUUUUUAAUCGUUUAAUAUCGCGUAUCUCAACAAUCUCCGGCUAAAAUGUCUAUCGGUGUUCCGAUCAAAGUUCUGCACGAGGCAGAAGGGCACAUUGUGACGUGCGAAACCAUCACCGGGGAGGUUUAUCGCGGUAAGCUAAUCGAAGCUGAGGACAACAUGAACUGCCAGAUGUCGCAGUUGACCGUCACCUUCCGGGAUGGUAGGACAGCAAACCUGGAAAACGUUUACAUUCGUGGGUCGAAGAUUCGCUUCCUGAUUCUUCCGGAUAUGUUGAAGAAUGCUCCGAUGUUCAAGAAACAAGGUACCAAAACAGGUACUGCUGGUCGGGGUAAAUCUGCUAUAUUGAGGGCCCAGGCUGCCCGGGGCCGUGGACGAGGGGGUGGUGGCGGCGGAGGAGGCGGGGGCGGUCCCGGUAAUUCUGGAAAUCGCCAAGGGCCUGGGAAGGGCAACUGGCAGGGACAAGGACCUUCUGGAGGCCGAGGCAGAGGAGGACUGUAACGCGAGCGUAGUUUAUAAACAUGCAUUAAGAACUUUAAUUAAACAUAC